AUGGGAAUGUGGACACUUUCUAUUGCUUCGAUUAUUCUUUUUAUUGUGUUGAGGGCUGAAGCAAGGCCUCAACUCGACUUCCACUAUGCAAACGACUCACCCAGAUCUCUGAAAUCCUUCUGGCAUCUCAGUAAUCGUGGCCGAGUGCUGGGACAACUAUUCAGCAACUUAAAUCUGAAGCGGCCACAACGAGCGGUGUCGAGCAUCUCAGACCAAAGCGCUGCCCCUACUGAGUCCCCUACAGAAUUUAGGCCAUGUGUUUGUCAUUACAUGUACUUCUCGACCACAUACUGUUAUGGAGAUUGUGACGUUUACUGAUAGUGAAUGACUAUGAAAAUAUAACCAGAGCAAAAUAAUUACUUCCUUGAGCAAUGAUCUCGGUAGUUUUUGGAUGACUGGCAUUUUAUCGCGUUUACCGGUUCUGUUGUACAAAAUGAAUUGUUGCGAA